AUGGUCCUUUCGCGCAUUUUGAGCGUGGCGGCUGCUGCCGGAGUGGCUGGAGUGGCGCUAGCAGACACCUGCGACGUGGAGGGCUCUGCUCGCCAGGACUGCGGUGCCUUGGGCACGACGCAGAGCGACUGUGAGGCGAAAGGCUGCUGCUGGCGCCCGGCUGACUCGGUAGCCUGGUGCUUCUACCCUCAAGGUGGUCCCGCCCCUCCUCCCCCUCCCCGUGCGGAGUGCAAGCUCGCCUACAAGUCCCAGGGACAGCCCUUCAGCGACGAGGAGGAGGCCAAGGUCCGGAGCUAUUUCCUGGCGAACAUCGACAUCCAGGGCUCUGGAGCUGUCGUGGCCGCGCCGGAUCACAACACCGGACCUGGCGGGGACUACUACUACCACUGGGAACGAGAUGGGGCCCUCUCCACGCAUGCUUUACUGGCCACCGCGGACAAGCUGGCCGACGUGGACGAGCACCUGCAGCACUACGUCCAGUGGGUUCUGAAGGUGCAGAACCAGGCGGAUCCCCACGGCAUCGACAUCCGCACGGAACCCAAGUACACCAUCCCCGACGGCAAGCCCUUCGAGGGAGCUUGGUGCAGGCCGCAGACUGACGGGCCGGGACUCCGGGCCAAGACCCUGGCGGAGUACGGCUUGGCCCUGCUCGAGGCCGGCAAAGCGGACUUCGUGAAGCAGAAUUUGUGGACGGGCAGCGAAGAGAAGCAUGGCGGUGCCAUCAAGUAUGACCUGGAGUGGCUGGUGUCCAACUGGCAGCAGAGUGGUUGCGAUCUCUGGGAGGAGAUCCAGUCCGAGGAUUUCUUCUGGGGCCGUUUCACCAUGCGAGCCAGUCUGGAGAUGGGAGCCCAGUUUGCAGAGAAGAUGGGCGACAAGGACGCGGCUGGCCGCUACAGAGGUGUCAAGGCAGACAUCGAGAAGACGAUCAUGGGCCACUUCGACGGCACCUUCGUCUUCGAGUCCCAGAAUCGCAAGAAGGACUCCGCCGUCAUCGAGGCCUUCAAUGUGGGCUACCUCGGUGUCGGCGUUGAACGAAUGUUCGACGUGCUGGGCAAGGAGGUUUUGGGAACCGUCGUCACCCUCAACGACCUCUUCUGCAACGCCUACGAGAUCAACCAGAAGGACAGCGCCGCUGGCAUCCCCGGCAUUCUCUACGGCCGCUAUGAGAACGACAGUUACGACGGAGGCAACCCUUGGGUGCUGCUCUCGGCCUCUUUGGCUACGCUGCUCUACCGCAUGUCUUUCGCGGCCUUUGAGCAUGGGCCUUUGGACGCAAGCAGCUACGCCCUGCUCCAGAAGGCCACUCAUAUCGAGGCCGGGCUUUCAGGAAAUGCCCUGGCGGAAGCUUUGAUGGGAGCUGCAGAUGGCGUGAUGCUGCGCAUCAAGCACCACGUCCAGGCCACGGAUCUCCACAUGGCCGAGCAGAUCAACAGAAAUGACGGCUCCAUGACCAGCGCCAAGGACCUCACCUGGAACUACGCCAACAUGCUCAAAGCCUUCAAGGCUCGCAAAAAUGCCGCGAAGGCCAUCGCCGCCUCCAGCGUCCUGGUCGUCUGA